CACUGAUAGCUGGCACUGACUGGCACUGAUUGGCAGCACUGAUAGGUGGAACUGACUGGCAUUGAUAGGUGGCACUGACUGACAUUGAUGGGUGACACUGAAAGGCAGCUCAGAUGGGCACUGAUAUGUGGUAUUGAUGUGCACUGGUAGGCACUGAAAUGUGGCACUGAUGGACACUGACAGGUGGCACUGCUGGGGCUACACAGAUCAUCAGGGCACACUGAUCAUCAGUGCUCUGAUGAUCUCUGUCAGCGUGACAGCUCGUGAGGAGAGAAAUGCCGAUAACUGGCAUUUCCCUGUUUACAUGUGAUUAGCUGU